AUGUCGGAGGCCCCACCUGAGACGAGACACCUUGUGUCGAAGUCUUUCAGCACGGCCACUUUGCAGGAAGCGCUUUCCUUGGUGGACCAGCAGCAGGUCAAGGACGAGCAGAUUGAUGCUGAUAUCAAGGCCCUCGAGGCUGAAAUCGAGCGCGAGGAGCUCAAUGCGAAGCGUGGCACGAGGUGCACGCCGGUGGCUGGGGCCACUCCUUCACCUCAGCCCACACUUAAGAAGCACAGGGCACAGAUGGACUCCGGGGACCUGGAUUGUGUGCUGUUGGAGAAUGAUGAUGUGCUGCUCACAGCACUAAAGGAUCAGCUCGGCAGCCCCUCCCCAGGCCCAGAAACCAAGCAGAUGAUGAACCCUAUCCUAGAGGAUGGAUAUGACAUGGAUGUCUCGCCUGCAAAGCUCUUCCUGAGUCCUUACAAGCCCGAGACUCCGACUCCGUCGAAGACAACCUCGAAGACUCCAUCGAAGACUCCUGGUCCCUCGAAGACUCCCUCGAAGACUCCUGGUCCCUCGAAGACUCCCUAUGAUCCCGUGGCAGAUGCCGAAACCCAGCCUGGAAUCACCCCAAAGCGGCACAUCCACUUCAUGGACACCAUGGUGACGUCUCCUUGCCCACCGACCGAGAUGGUUGCAUCGCCGCCGGUUGCAGUGGAUCCUGGGAUGGCUUCAAGUGCUACAGGCCUUCCGAAGCCUUCGGGAACUUCCAUGGUUCACUCACAAGAGACCCCGGGGAUCCUUUCCCUCCAGCAGAAGUUCGAGGCCUUAGGGUUACAGCUCGAUUCGGAGGAGGGUGCAGUGGUGAAAGCUGCAGGGCAGAUGGCAGAGGGCAAUGGCAGCACCGGUGGUUCAAGUGAGACUUCCAAAGAUGCUGAGAUUGCCCAGCUGAAGCAAAUGCUGUUCAUGAUGAAUGCCAAGCUUCAUGCUGAUCAUGGCCCCAAGGCUCAGAUUCAGCGUGAAGCUGAGAAGGAAGCGGCACGUGAAGCUGCACGUGAAGCUGCUCGUGAAGCUGCACGUGAAGCUAUGCAGUCUGCCGCUGAGGGGCAGAUGGCUGCCAACGGAGCAGCCAAGGCCGAGCAGGAGGACCAGGUCGCCCUGCCAGCAGCGAGGCAACGAUUGAGGAGGCUUUGUGCCCCUCGUGCUAACGGCACGUAUGCUGUUCCGAAAGAGGUGGUUGACAAAUACGUGGCUGGUGGCAACGAGCGCGAGGGCCUUCUCAAGUUGCUGGUCAAACACAACUUCCAAAAGGAUUCUCACGGUGCAUGCUAUAGCUGUUGA